ACUUCCCGGGAUGCAACGCGCGGCCGCGGGGGCCGGGGGUUUGGGCCGGGGGUCCGCCGCCCGCGGCGGGGCUGAGUCGGCUGCGGCGGGCGCUGGAGGCGGCUGCGGCCGGGGCCGGGUUCCGGGCCGGGCGGCGGAAGCGGGCGCGGCGGGCGCGGCGGGCGCGGGGGCCGCUGUUCCUGAGGCGAUGAUGGGCAAAGAGGAGGAGAUUGCGCGGAUCGCCCGGAGGCUGGACAAGAUGGUGACCAAGAAGAGCGCGGAGGGAGCCAUGGACCUGCUGCGGGAGCUGAAGGCCAUGCCUGUCACACUGCACCUGCUCCAGUCCACCCGAGUCGGGAUGUCCGUCAACGCCCUGCGGAAGCAGAGCUCCGACGAGGAGGUCAUUGCGCUGGCCAAGUCUCUCAUCAAGUCCUGGAAGAAGCUCCUGGAUGCUUCAGAUGCCAAAGCCAGGGAGCGGGGGAGGGGCACACCUCUGCCCACAUCGUCUUCCAAGGAUGCCUCAGAGGCCACGGAUCCCAGACGCAGGAGGCCAGAGCUGCCCAGGACGCCACCCACCCCAAGGAUGACCACAUUCCCUCCAGUGCCCGUCACCUGUGACGCCGUGCGCAACAAGUGCCGUGAGAUGCUGACCGCUGCCCUGCAGGCAGACCAUGACCAUGUGGCCACUGGUGCGGACUGUGAGCGUCUGUCAGCCCAGAUUGAAGAAUGCAUCUUCCGGGACGUUGGGAACACAGACAUGAAGUACAAGAACCGGGUGCGGAGCCGCAUCUCCAACCUGAAGGAUGCCAAGAAUCCCGACCUGCGCCGGAACGUGCUGUGUGGCGCCAUAACGCCGCAGCAGAUCGCAGUGAUGACGUCAGAGGAGAUGGCCAGCGACGAGCUGAAGGAGAUCCGCAAGGCCAUGACCAAGGAGGCCAUCCGCGAGCACCAGAUGGCCCGCACAGGCGGCACGCAGACGGACCUGUUCACCUGCAACAAGUGCAGGAAGAAGAACUGCACCUACACACAGGUGCAGACCCGCAGCUCUGACGAGCCGAUGACCACCUUCGUUGUCUGCAACGAGUGUGGAAACCGCUGGAAGAAAUUCGGGACAAUGGAGUGGUGAGCACUUGCCUGGAGGGGCCUGCGCGACGAAGAUGGCGUCGUGCCCAGCAUCAAGGGACUCUCCCUGCUGGCCUGCCUCCGGGGGACACCCUUGAUACCUGCUGGGGACCCCUGUCCGCCAGGGUCCGGGCGGCACGUCCCACUGCGUCCCAAGCCUUCAUGAGGUGCUGUGGUCACACUGUGGUGACCAUUUACGGCUCAGGAGGCUGGGGCCACUGCUCUGAGGUGUCCAGUGGGAGCGUGGGUCGGGGCAGGGCGCACAGGGCUCUGUCUGGCCCCCAAGCGGGCACUAGAGUCCACGCCCCCGCGCCGAGGCCGGGUCUGGGACGACUCCUCAUUCUCUCAUCUC